UCCUUUAGCGACUUUGCUUACCACCACGCAAAAGCACAUUUUUUACAACAGUGAAAAACUGUCUGGUCCUCAGAGCGCCUGUACUGUAGGUACGUACAAUUGAUAACAAAAUUUGCGAUUUGUGGCUGCAAUUACUAAAAUCACAGGGAUCAUAGAUGUACCAAAUGGAUAUUCGACUUGGAAUCGGAAGCUUUUAUUCACAGGUGUCAUGUUAUAAUUCAAGAAACCAGAGGCCAUUCAAACCGUGCGGCUCAAAAAGAGACCCUCCGCCACCGCCGCCCGAGCAAAACGGUGAUAGAGGUGAUAAAUACUCAACAGAUUGGGAUAAGGCCUGGUCAAGCUUCAAGAAACAAGGAAGAAAGACUUUUUUCUCCCAAUUCUCACCCAACAAGUACGUGAGCUGGAAUCCUAGGCGUUCUGAGUUCCCACUUUCAGAGGAGGUUGAUCCCAUUAAAAGAACAGAGAGGUCAAACCUUACGUUAUGGACUAGUCCGAGUUUUACUCUAGUUGGAGCUAUUGUUAUAGUUACUUUCCUUAUAAUUUACACAAUUCUUGCGCCAGUUAAGUAAAUCCUAUCCCAAAGAUUCGUCCCCGUGCAUUACGAAAUCUCUAAGCUGUAUAAUCUUUAAUUCACUUCAAUAAAACGGGAACUGCAAUUUUUUAAAUCGCCUACAUCACAAGUAAAUGUGGAAAUCCAUUGAUGUUCA